CACGCCUGCACGAGUCAGAAUCAUUUAGUUUCGGAACUUCGAAAUUCUUGACAUCGUGAUGAGCGCAAAAGAAAUCAUCACAAUGUAUAUCCCUCACAUCAAGGUCUGCCCUAGACCAGUCUAGUGAUCAGCCAUCAAAACACAGAAUGUUUUGGGCGAGUGCGGAAUUCACAAAUGUGCUCCCAACCAUUUUUCUCGUGACGAGCAGACCAAUUGAAGGGGUUGGAAUUGAACCAGUGUUAAGAUGGUUCCCAACCACACAACCACCCAUAACAGUCUUUUACGUCACAAACUUUCACAUUCUGCAUCCAACAACACUUCUCGCAUCACCAUCACCACCACCAUCACCGCCGGCGCUGUUCACUAGGUGGUGAUAGUGCGGAACCUUACCGGGCAGGCGUGGCUGGCUAGUUUAUCCAUGGUGUCCCGUUCACCACGAGGCCCUCCACCAGCACUUGGCUACUCCUAGCAAGCGUGUGUUUUAGUUCAAGACGCCAUCACCAACCAUUCGCUAUUUGACGGAAUUAUCGAGUACUGUGCGUUUACUGUACUGAGGGAGGCAAGGGAGUGAGUGUUGAUUCGGCAAACUUACCUCGCAUUGUGAUGGUCUUGUAACUGUUACUGUUUUGAAUCCGAGAGAAACUGCAACCUUACCAUGAUGACGCCUGGUGUUGGUUCAUCUUUGUGGUUCGACUCAGUGCUCAAUUAGGUGUGAUACGGACUGGUUGAGCUUCUGAUAUGUUCCAAACCGCUGAGCCAGCAACAGCAUGACAGUCAUUCUUGGCUUACCAUUAUCCGUUUGUCUGAACGAGAGCUAUUGAGCUAUGUUGAAACGCUUCUCAUACUCAUGUGACUUAAGCACGGUACCUCUGGAAUAUCGUGCACUUGUCCUGCGCUCAGCGCGCUGAGAAGCUUCAUAGUACCCAGUACAGGGAUCAACUCACUCUCAUGUUCUGAUCUGGAGACGAAAAUAUGACGACAGACAGAGUGCGGGAUCUUGUGAAUUGCAUGUUGUAUGUCGCGGGACGGAGGAUACCGCGGCAUUGCAGCAUUUAUCCGACUCGCACGAAAAGGGUAAAGUUCCUGGUGAAGACGGACAACAGCAGCUGUCUCGCGAUAAUUACGGCAGAUCCUCCCUUGUCAAUCACCAUUUGCACUCCACAGACGAGCGGCUAACAAGUUGCAUCCUUGGUUGGCGUGGUUAGUUGCAUUCACCACCCCCGAAGGUUGUCUGCCCUUCUGACUUGCAUGGCUUUCUAGCUUGUCCAGCAUGACCCUGAAUCCCUGAAUCAGGCAUUAUGAAUUACGAAGGAUGGUCAAGGAUGCAGUGUGAACCCCCACGCCGCCGAGACAUUGACUGCAACCCCCUCCUGUCUGCGUACGGUAUGUACAGCACAGUACUGCUAUUCGGAGCCGCUCUGAUAGCGUAAAUCUGUUCGUUCAUUUGUGAUUCUGACGAACGCGUGAAUAAAAGUCCCGUAAAAUGAGAUGAUGGACGGAUGCGUGCGUGUCCUCGAGGGACACGAAAGACAUGCACACGUGUAAAGUACCGAAACAAGACGCUUGCAGGCUAUCGUACAGUAGCCAAGCGCAAGUGCCAUAGGUUAUGCCAGGUGCAGACCUACCCUGAAGGUAACAUCGCGAACGCAAAGAGCUGGUGCUGGCUUGUCCAUGGCAGAUUGACUUUUUGAAGUCUGUGGUAUAGGGUGGUUUCACUGCACUUGGUGAGUUCCUCUUGACAUCAAGGUUUGUCGUUCAUUUCCCGAUGGUGCGGUAAUUAUGUGUCCGCGAAGGUUUGAAAUAUGUCAUAUGUGUUUCCUACGUAUCAUAACUUUGUUUUUUGUUAUACUUCCUUGAAACCUGAAACUCUUGGUGACGCAGUAGCAUCAAAGCAACCAUGGAUGGCGCAUGUUCUACCGGCGGUGAUCUCCAAACGUGGAGCCCAAGAUGAUGUUAGCAACUUCAUGCCUUGCCCGUUCCUGGUGAUGGAUCUCUCCCCGCAUCCUUGAUGUGGCUCUUGGUGGUCGUCCUAGGUCCUAGUCAGGAACUGGCAACAAUUGCUUUGUUCUAGAAGAUGACUAUGAGAUGGGGCAUCUGGAGUAUUCCCCCGCAUCACCCACCCCAAAACACCUUGUACAUUGUACCAAACUUGGGCAUCCGUGCUUGCUGCAAGCGCCUGUCCCAGAGAACCCACUGUUGAGAUCCAUCUCUUGGUAAGGCUCGGUGAGGCUUGAGGUGAGACUCGGUGAGGUUAUGUGUGGUCCGUCACAGCACGUGAUCAUCUCGAGUCGACGUCGGCGCAACGUAAUGCCGACACCCGAGGCUCCGCGAGCUACGGCAUCCCAAAUUUUGCGAAUGUAUGGGACGAGCUGAAUAGCGAAUAGCCUCAUCUAAUCCCCACGACAGGCACGACAAUGUCAAUGGCAGCUCCUAGUACGAUACGGCCAUUGGCCGGUCGACUUGUCCAGGCCUCAUCAUCAAAGGUCUCCGCCACCACAUCUCGAGUCGCCUACUUCUCCACGACUGCACCACAAUGCAAGCGAAAGACAAAAGACAACAACCCCAAGCGAGGUGUGAGUAGUCUGUACGGAUCGGGACCUCGCGAGCCUCUGUCUAUGUCAAACAUUCCGCUACCGAAGCCACGACAGUUCAAGCCCAGGAUCAAGGUCGAUCCUGACCAUGGUCUGUGGGGAUUCUUCCCAGCACAAGGAAAGGCAUUGGCAACACCCAAAGAGACUGAGGAGCAUGGACGUGCAUGGUCGGUUGAGGAGCUGCGAAAGAAGUCGUGGGAAGAUCUACACUCUUUGUGGUGGGUGUGUUGCCGAGAGAGGAACAUGCUAUCUACAUCAAGGCAAGAGCUCAUUCGAUCCAAGCUGGGAUUCGGUGAGCGAGAGAUUGAUACUCGAGAUGAGGAGGUCCUGAGGACACAGCGAGCCAUCAAGCACGUCUUGACGGAGCGAUAUUACACAUGGCAAGACGCCGUCGGUGUCGCCAUGAGCGACCCCGAAAUCAACUUCGAGGGCGGGGAAGGCCAAGUCUACACACCAUCGGCAUAUGAAGAUGAGGUUGAUAUUGCUGAGUGGACACAACCAGAGGCAGAGUCAGAGGCGGCCAAGCAGAUUGAUCCUGUUGCCACAGAAGCACAGGAGGCCAAGAUUGAGAAGGAGUUGAAGAAGCAAUAAAAAACCGUUACAAGCGAGACGACGUCAUAUACUAUUUGAGUGAUAGGAGAGGUGGUGGUGGUUUAUGAUGCCUGGUUAGAGACAAGUUGACAUAUUCGUCGUGUACAUCUAGGAUAUGUAAGAUACAGUAGACGAAACAAACAUGUAUAUGCGAGCAUAUGAGCUCUAGGAGUUGUUGACAUGAAUACAUAUGACGAAUCAAGAUUGGUUGCAGCAAGCGUCGUAGAUUACAAACUCA